AUGCGAUCUUUGUCUCUCCAGGUAUCUCUCUUCCUGGUGGCGUCCGUAGCCAGUGUCGUCCUCGCUGGUCCUGUAGCAAGUCCGCAGCAGCAGCAGCAACAAAUCGCAAUGGCGGAGGUCGCGACAGAAAAGCGCCAAGAAAAGCGUGGCAUCGGUCUAGCCUAUACGGGCCUGUCCGGAUUCGGUUGGUACGAUGGCUCGAUCGGGCUGGCCGCUUAUCCAGCGACCGCAUACGUCACUCCAACCGUGAUCAAAUCGACGUACACCUUGCCGGCAGCAGCUUCCUAUCACACGGCGGCCUACGAUGCGGCUCACAGUAAGCUCGCGUACGGUGGCUUUUAUCCUGUUGGGUAUGGAAGUUUCGGCACGGGAGCUUACGGUGCUACGUUUGCGGCUCCGGCCACAUACAGCAAGAUCGUCCAUCCGGCACCGAGCACGUACACGAAGGUUAUCCAGACAUACCCGUCGGCGACGCUGGUUGCGGCCGGAACGCCCGCCGUUGCGGGUUACACCGGUGUUGGCAGUCUCGGAGGCUAUGUGUAUUAG